UUUCACCAUAACUACUGUAAGCAGUAUCAUUUGCCACUCGCCAACAUUGUACAUUUGUUUGGGGUGGUUUUUCAUCUGAAUAGACAACAAUAAAUUCUAUUAUUUUCUACUAUUUUCUAUCUACUUAGUAUUCACUUAGUAUCUCACCAAGCCCAUUUAAUAUGGACCAGGAUACGGCGAGAGCGUUGUUUGCAAAAGGAGCGUGUCUGGUAAUUUUUGAUGCCCCAAGCGGAAUGGAGUUUGGCAUAGACAUGGACACUUGGGAAACAGGGCCUUUGUUCAAGGGAAUUAAGAUGAUACCGCCUGGAAUUCACUACGUCCACUACAGUGCAGUGAACAGCGACAAGCAAGCGGGAAUGCGGAGUGGAUUUUUCCACAACUACAUGUCCGGAGAGAUUGUUGCCAGGCGGUGGUGUGCCGAAACCGAGCAGCUUUUCCCGAGAGACAACGUGUCCGAGGACGAUAUCGUGCGGAUUCGUGCGAAUAUCCGCGACCUGGACUCGGGGCUGGCCGCAUACCCGCUGGGCAGCGCCGACGGAGAGAGCUCGUACCUCCGGUGGCAGCGGCUGACCGGAUACAUGGCGCCCGAGAUGCUGACGCGGCUGCUGCCUUGCGGCGGCGAAUUCACGUCUGCCACGGGGUCGGCGUACGAGGACGAGGAGAUGCAGCGCGCCCAGCGCAUCCUGCACCGCACCGAGCCUGCCAUAGCCGCCUCUGCUGUGGCCGCAGAUGCGGACGCGGAUCGAUUUGGGUUUGCGCGCAUAGACAUCAAGCAUUCGUUCCCUGUCGGCGCAGCCGCCGAGGAUAUCCGGCGCUACAGCCUGGACAAAACCUGGCUCCUGCGCACCCUUCUUUGCGAGCACUGGCGCAGUGCAUCGGACCUGCUUGGCGAAAUGCAACUGUCCUUUCUGAUCAUUUUUGUCGGCCAGAACUUUGCCGGGCUGGAGCAUUGGAAGCACCUUUUGCACUUAGUUUUUGGCAGCGCCGAGGCCCUGGAGGACGGGCGCUUGGUUGCGGAUCUCUUUGUGCCUGCUGUCAGGCUGUUGGCUGUGCAGCUGAGGGAGUGUCCGAGGGAGUUUGUGGCGUCGGUGCUGGAGCAGGACAAUUUUAUUGCGGUGGUUCUGGGCAGGUUGGUGCUUAACUUGCAUGAGUGCGGGAGCUGUUCGGGAAGGGAGGCUUUGGAGCCGGAGGUGGGGCGGCUGAGGGGGCUGCUCUAUGCGAGGUUCGGCUGGUCUUUGCCUGACGGACAGCAGAUGCAAGAGAUGGCUGAUGUGGAAGAAGGCGAGUAUGCUCCGCAGGUGGUCUCGCUGGAUUAAUUAAUGGAUUUAGCCUCGAUUCUAUUGUUUUUUUGGCUGCGGAAUCUACAUUAUUCUUAAUGGUUGCCGCGAUGGCUUCAUUCUCGCCCUAUUUUUCUUCUUCUUUCUUUCUUCUUUCCUUCCUUCGUUCCAUUCGGUGCGAAUUUCAACUUUCAAUUCCAAUUUCAAUUCCAAUUC